UUCUUUUAAUAAAAUUAUUUCCUAUCGGAUACUCGUUCUACUCGAAGAUUUCGUAAAAAUUCGUAACUAACAUCUUGAAAAUCUGGAAAAAUGGCAACAACCAAUGUAACGAUGAUGUCAGUGAAAAGUUUAACGACUACGGAAUCAGAUAUUGAGGAUGGUCCAAACCCAACGCCACCAUAUGUCUACAUCCUUAUCGAAGUCGGAUACAUCGUUUUGUUCGUAAUAGUGACGUAUUUGAUGAGAAAAUACAACUUUAUGAAGACAGACGAUGACGCAGUUACAAAACACCAUCGUCGCCAUUUUGAAAUGAUGAAACGUCAGCAGGAAGAUUUGAUCACCAGGCAGAAAUCCAAUGAGAAUUUCUUAGUUGCUAAUAAUGAAGGAAAGGCCUGAACAAAAAAAACUUGAAAAAACGGAAUUAGUACCUGU